UAGAGAUUCUCUCCACAAUUCUCGACUACCUGCCCGUGGCCGACCAGAUGCGCUUCGCCCGCGCCUCGCACCGCAUGCGCGAGAUGGUCUACGACGACACCCGGUGGGUCGCCCGGCUCAGGAGUAUGGGUUGCUGGGACGAGGCGGAGGCGAGGAGAAGGUUUGAGGUGGUCAUGCGGCGGCGAGCCGCUUCGGGGGGUGCUGCUGGCAGGGGGAUCGGGCCCGGCUCUGCUGCUGGGGGUGGUGCCGGUGCCGGUGCCGGUGCCGGUGCUGGUGCUGCGGGAGGGGGUGGGAGUAGUGGUGGUGGUGGCGGUGGCGGUGGUCAUCACAGGGGGGAGAGUCUACUGUUUGAUGCUGGGUUGGAGGAAGAGAGGAGGAGGAAGCUGGAGCAGCAACAGCACCAGCAACAGCACCAGCAGCAGGUGGCGGAGGUCAGGAAUGGGUUCGAGACGAUAAAGGUGGGCGGCACGGUGCAGACAACACUGCAGGACCCGUCGACAGAUCCUGAGGCGCUGCUGCGCGUGAUCAAGAACGCGCGGAGUGUGAGAGGCCACGCGAGGCAGGAGUACGCCAAGAUCUAUGGUGCCCUGGCGCCCUUCUACUUUGAUCUCGUCCGCGCCAAAAGUCACACGGAUCCACUGGUCUUCAAGGUAUUUCGCGACCCGGAGCGACAAGCGCAGAUGCUGGCGAACCUGAGGGCGUUUGCCAAGAGCGACUGGGCGCAAGGCGCGCACAAGAGGGUGGAGAAGGUCGAGACCAUGACGAGCAUCUUUGAGAGCGCCGUGCUCCGCGAGUUUGAGCAGGGGUAUGAGUUUUGGGACGUGGACGGUAGGAUGAACAAGUAUGCCCACGUGCUGGCGAUGCUGAACGGCAGCAACGCCGCGGUGGAGCUGUUCAUCCAGAAGCACCCCAUCUUCACGGACCGCGAGGUGCUGGCCAACUCAAUGGACUGCGUCAAUAUGGCCAUGGCGGAUAGCAUUACGCUGGAGCCAUCAAGACACUUCUUCGAGAUGCUCACGCGCAAGGUCAACGAGCAGGCCGGGGUCAUCGAGCGCAUCUUCCCGAAGCCGGGACAGGUGUUUUGGGCGUUUGUGGACAAGGUCAGAGAGGAUACCAUCACGGAAUAUGUUACUCCGUUGUUUGACGAGACACACGAGCGGAGCAUACCGUCAUAUCUGAGAGCUGUCUCGGGCAUCUUCGAGCAGACACUGCAAUUCCUGCGUACCUUGACACCGCCCAAAGGGGCCGAGAUAUCGCAGGAGGCCAAGGCCAAGGAGAUGGCGCUCAAGGUGUUUGAGCCACAUCUCGACCUGUACCUGCAGGACGAAAUCGACGAAUUCACUCGGCAAGCCGAGCGGGAGGUGGGAGAGUGGGAAAAGAAACUGUCGGAGCAGGAGGCCAGCGCCGAGUCCUUCUACAUGGGCAGCUUCACCAACCGGCAGGCUGACAAGAAGGAUUUCUUGACAACUUUCAAAAAGGUCGUCAUGAUGCCUGUCACGGUGCUUCCAACAAGCUUUGCGCUGCCGGGCCUGCCGCUGGGAUCACCAUUUGCGAGCAGCAAGCCGGCCAGCACAAAUGGCGGCAAUGCACUACAGACCCCGAGCCAGCAGGGGUCUCGUUCGCAAUCUCCCGCCCCGCCCACUCCGGCGGCGGGCGACCGCAGCAGCAGCCCGAUGCCUGGGAAGGCACCAACCGACGAGCUGGCAGCCAAGGCAGCGCUCAUGACGUCCAGGCUAGAGGGGAUCAAAUCCCUGUUCAGCAUUGAGGUGGCGCUGAGCCUGGUGCAUGCCGCGAAGGCCAGCCUCGGGCGCGUUGCUGUGUUCAUCCAGCUCGGCGGACAAGCAGGCGGCGAGGCGCGUGAGCAGUGCGAGGCCAUCUUCAUCGCGUUGCUGCGCAUCCUGGGCAACGGGCAUGUCAAGCCGGGAUUCGACAAGGCCGUGGCCCACUUGUCGCAGUACAAUCCCCGGGAGGUCAGCGAGCAUGACCGCGGUGGCGUGGCGCCGCUCGUCACCUUCAUCGAGCUGGUCAACGUAGGCGAUCUCAUCUCACAGAUGAUAGACGUCUUUUACGAGCAGCAGCUGGCCGGGCCCAAGAUUGCGGACCGCAACGACUUCCUGGACCCGGCGGGGUUGGCAAAGAAGAAAUUUGAGCAGAUGCUCGACGAGAGCGUCGCCGCUGGCCUUAAUAAGGGCAUCGACGUGCUCAUGGACGAGGUAGAAUAUAUCUGCGCAACAACACAGCUGCCGACCGACUACAACCCGGGCGCCGGCGCCACCCCUGACGCAGCAUCCUCCUCGGCAUCAUCAUCGUUCGAAAAGCACGCCUCCAGAAUCGACAUGGACAUUGGUCCGACGUGCACAGCGCAGCGCAUCCGCGACCUCGUGGCGUCGCACACGUCCAUGCUGGUCGGCAGCACCGACAAGUCGAUGCUGGACGUGUUUAACGGCGAGGUCGGGCUGCGGCUCUUCACCGCCGUGUGCAAGCAUUUGAAGCGGCAGCGCAUCAGCACCGAGGGCGCCAUCAAGCUCAUUGCCGACAUGAACCUGUACUUUGAGUACAUCCGCACGCUCAAGAACCAGGACCUGCUGGCCUACUUCAAGGCGCUUCGCGAGCUCAGUCAGAUCUAUCUGAUUGAUGCGCGGCAUGCCAAGGAGAUGGCGACCAUCAUCGCGGAUGGGGACCGGUUCGGGGGGAUCUUCCGCGCCGAGGAGGUGUACGAGUAUGCCGAAAGACGGGCGGAUUGGUAUCAGGUGAGAAAAGACGUCGAGAGGGCCAUGUAUGGAUUGGAGUGUUGCCUUAUGUAGGGCGAUGCGGGAGAUACAAAACUGUCACAUACGCCGGGUUGGGGCUAGAGAAAACGGCAAGAGUUUUGAGUAGAGCGAAUGAUAUCCCUUGCAGACCUUUUCGUGGUAUCUC